AUGCAGGGCUACAUGGCAGUUGAAGCAGCUUUGGCAGGACUCCAGGCAGAAGUCAACUGUCCCAUCUGUCUGGAUGACCUGAGAGACCCUGUCACCAUCGAAUGUGGGCACAACUUCUGUCGUGUCUGCAUCCAACAGUCCUGGGCUGAUCUGCGGGACAGACUCCCUUGCCCUGUGUGCCGUCAUCUGUGCCAAGAGAGGCACUUGAGGAGCAACACCCAGCUGGGAAGGAUGAUUGACACUGCCAAGCUCCUCCAGAUCACCAGGAGCAAGAAGAAGCGUCAGGAAGAGAGGCGCUUGUGCGAGAAGCACAGCCAGGUUUUGACCCUCUUCUGUGAGGAGGACCUGGAGGUGUUGUGUCCCCUGUGCACUCAGCCCCCGGACCACCAGGGCCACCAGGUGAGGCCCCUGGAGGAGGCUGCUGCCCAUCACAGGCAAAGGCUCAGCAGUUACAUUGAGCCCCUCAAGAAGCAGGUGGCAGACGUUCAGAAGUUAAUAAGCAUUCAAAGCAAAAAAACCUUAGAACUGAGAGAGAAGGUGGAAAACCAAAGGCUGGAAUUACACUCGGAAUUUGAGCACCUGCGGCAGUUUUUAGAACGUGAUCAAGAAGCAGUUCUUUCAAGAUUAGCUGAUGAAGAGAAGACUGUUCAAAGGAAACUCAGCGCUAAUAUAACUGCAUUUUCAGAGUACAAUUCCACACUCAAAGAUCUACUAAGUAAGCUGGCACAGAGCAGCAUGCUGCCGGAAGUAGAACUGCUCUUAGAAAUUAAAAAUUUCUACAAGAACUCUGAGGAGUACAGCCCCUCCGUCUUUUCAGUUCAGUUGAGGAAGGAAGGCUGCAGUUUUCCCUUCCAGUAUUCUGCUUUGCAGAAAAUUGUACAGAAAUUUAGAGUAGAUGUCAUUCUAGACCCUGAAACGGCACACCCUAACUUGAUUGUCUCUGAGGAUAAAAAAAGUGUGAGAUACACAAAGAGAAAACAAAAUGUUCCAGAUUUUCCAAAAAGAUAUACAGUCAACACCGUGGUCCUGGGUUUCCCAGUUUUUCGUUCUGGCAGGCAUUUCUGGGAGGUGGAAGUGGGAGACAAAUCCAAAUGGGCUGUUGGGGUUUGCAAAGAGUCUCUUUCUACAAAGAUGAGGAGGAGCCCAACGGCCUGUCAGGGAUGCUGGAGGGUUCGGCGGCAAGGAGACAGCUACGACGCCCCGGGAGCCAGCAGAACCCCUCUUCUGUCCGAAGUGAAGCCCACCGGCAUUGGCAUCUUCCUGGACUUUGAGAUGGGUGAGGUCUCAUUUUACAACAUGACUGACAAGUCUCAUAUCUGCACUUUCACUGACACUUUUAAUAGACCUCUUAGGCCUUAUUUCUACGUGGGACAUGAUUCAGAUCCUCUUAGAAUCUGUACAGGAAUAGAUUGUGAAUGAAAAGUUUCUAAUAGGCUGGGCCAGUUUCUUUUUUUUUUUUUAAUGGAAGGUGGGUUUUCCUUUUUUAAUUGAAUUUACUGGGUGACACUGGUUAAUGUAAUUACAUAGGUUUCGGGGGUACAAUUCUAUAAUUAUCUCCUACCUCCCCCUAAAAGGUGGGCAUCCUACUAACAUGACAGUAAAUACAACCCCCCUGUAACAGCUGCACCCCUCAGGAAGAAGGUUUCCUUUUGUUUCAGCAGCACAGGACAGACAGCAUGAAGACCUUCGGAGCGCUGAGGCUGCCCACCUCUUCUCCCGUGUCCUGCCGCACACUGGGCUCAAGCUCUACACAGUGCUUGCGGUCUUCUGUAGCUGUCUACCCUGCUUCCUUGCUCACGAAUUUGCCCUGAGUCCCUAACGCCUCCAUCCCCUCUGGGCACUGGAACUCCCAUAGCACCUUCGGGCUUGCUGCCAUUGUCUCACUCGCCCAGAAACCCUGGUCCUCUGUAAGUGACAACCUGGGUCUAUCUCAGUAAAACUGCAGGAUCCUUGGUGCUAGCACAGUAUCUGCCUGAUGAACAGCAUGCUUAACAUUAAAAAAUCAUUUUAUUCAUUUCUUUUUUAAUGUAUUGGGGUGACGUGGGUUAAUAAAAUUCUAUAGGUUUCAGGCAUACAGUUCUAUAACACACCAUCUGUAUAUUGUAUUGUGUGUUCACAUCAAGUCGUAUCUCCUUCCAUCACAGUUUUCCGCACCUAUAAGCAUGCAUAACAUUUAAAAUGCUUUGGUCAUUCUUUUGUUUUGCUAGUUUGGGUACUUAAUUUCAUUUUCUUUUAUUGCUUGAAAUGUUCAUUGUUGGGUUUAAAGAGUGCUGGUGUUCACAGAGCCGGCACAUUAGAACCUGAGCAUCCUCAUUUUUGAACUAUACCUUUUUCUCUGUAAACCAAAGUUUAUCCCAUAAACCUUACACACUGACUAGAUUCACAUUGAAUUGAAAAAUAAAUAAGGAUUAAUCACCUAC